CCCAGCUGCGGCGGUUUACCACCCAAGGAAUUACUAUUUACUCCACCUAUCUCGAAGCUUCUGAUGUUGAGCGGCUCGAGCUGGAGAAGUACGUGUAAUCGGAGGGCGCGAUUCGGGAGUUUCGGAACGCGAUGGUGAUCGGGAACGCCAAUUUGGUCACCGCCAAGGCCCCACCAUGACUGCCUCCACGCUCUACGCCAUUGCGAUUUUGCUGAAGCGGGCAUUGGGAUUGGUUUAUUAAGCUUUACUAUUUGCGAUCUGUUGCAUAUAUUUUCGUUCUUGCCAAGGGAGCUCAAUUUCUUGGAGCACACAAGCAAUAUUGGUUGGAAAGAAAAUCAAAGAGCAAGGCCUGUUAUUAUUGAUCCUGGUUUGUACCACUCUAUGAAAUCCGGUGUGUUUUGGGCGAAAGAGGGAAGAUCAAUUCCGGCUUCGUUUCGUUCAAGUUAUACAUGGGAUCGACGUGGGUGGUGCUGACGAAGUAAUUUCUCGGAUUCUGUGUUUGGGGUGGGACAAUCUUCCCCGUACUUUCCUCAUGUACUACACCAACUUCUUGUCAUCCCCAGAGGGCUACUUCCACACUGUUGCCUGCAGCCAUAAGGACUAAGCGUGAAUCAUAACCUGCAUUAUAUAAGGUGGAAUAGCCCACCGAAGGCAAAUCCAAUCAAUCUAACGUUGGAACAUUACAACGACAUGGUCCAAAGCGGAGCUCCUUCUACCAGUACAUUUGAAGGACGUAAUGUGUCUUUUUAUUUCUUCUCUUUUUGUGUUAAGCUCUGACCCCCCCAUGAAUCGUUUCUGCCACGAUAGGACGUAAUGUAUCUGUAUUACGGAUUGUCAUACUAUUGUUGAUCUUCAAGCUCCAGACUGCUCAAUUCAACAGUAACAACUAAGGAUUCAAAGACGAAGGUUUUUUCAUCACAAAAAGAGAAGAAAUGAAAACAAAACAGACUGAUCGGACAGUCGUAGGUUAAUCAGAACUUCAUCUCACAGCAAAAAACAUUUAAAUGAUUAGUGGCUUCGCCCGGGUUCGAACCGGAGACCUUCAGUGUGUUAGACUGACGUGAUAACCAACUACACCACGAAACCUUGGUAAUCUAAUCCAGCACCACAUACUAUAAUACUACUAAUAAAAAUCAAACACAGGCUGACCCACUUGGAUGGGCAAUUUCGUCAAUUGGUCUCUGGGCUUCCCUUUGGGACCUGGGUUCAUCUGAGACUGUUCCUACUUCGUAUUCGCGGAAAGCGGGAACUCCAAAUAUGCUGCAAAAACCCCUCUAGUUUUAGGGUUUCGCGUUCCUCCUUUCGAAAAGCUUAACCUUCCCUCUUCAGGAACUUAGGAAUUUGAGGAUCACUGCCAAGUGUAGAUACUAGAACAAUAUGGAUGAUAAUUACUCAGGGGAUUCUUCUAGUGGAUUCUCUCAGAAAGAUUCUAGUGCAGCAAGUUCUGUUUCAGCUUCAGUGAUGAACAAUACAGCUGCUUCCGAGAGUGCCCAAAGUUCUGUUGAGAUAAAUGCACCAAAGAAGAAAAGGGCAUCGGCAAUAAUGGCGGGAGGUCUGCGAGAGUUCAGUUCAAGAGUUUGCAACAUAUUGGAGAGCAAGGGAACAACAACCUUAUCUAAGGUUGCAGAUGAGAUAAUUUCUGAGUUUUCUGGAAAUGACUGUGAAACAGCAAAGUGUUCGAAAGAGUUUGAAAAUGUACGACGUCGAGUAUAUACUGUGUUCCAUGUUCUUGAGGCACUGGAUAUCGUCACAACAGCUAAAAAGGAAAUCAAGUGGAAGGGGCGUCCUCCAGACAGAAGUAUAAUGAAUCUGGAAGGGAUGAAUGAAGAGUGUGUCAAAUUGGUGAAUACGAUUGGAAGGAAGACGGCACACUUGAAAGAAUUAGAGGAGCAAAUUGCAGAUCUCAAAGAUUUAAUGUUGCACAAUAAGCAGUUGCUCAAGAAUGGGAACACUCUUCCUGAAGGAUUUUCGUUGCCAUUUAUACUGGUUCAGACAAGCUCUCAUGCUAGUGUUGAGGUUGAGAUUUCCGAAGACAUGCGCAUGGUGUACUUCGACUUCAAUAGUACACCCUUCUCCUUGCACGAUGAUGCAACCAUUGUGAAGUUAUUGCAGCGUCACCAGCGGCCAGAAAGAACAAAUGCUUCUCAAAGUGCUUCAGUUCACUCGUCUCCACGCUCCGGCGCUCUGACCAGACCUUUCCGCUGGAACUCCGAAACAGAUAUUCCUAAUUCAAAAUGAACAAAUGUUGAGAUGGUACCAAACGGAGACACACCUAUUACCAGAACUCUGUAUAAAUCGUUCUGAAUGUUUUGAAGGUCUCAACAAUUACCUCUGAAUUAUAUGGUUUCAUGUAAGUCUCUUCGACAACUCGAGCCUGUGUUAUCAAAUGUGCACUUUGUUUCAA